AUGAAGGCCCACGUGGCCGAAGAUCUGCGUGCACAGAACGAAAAACUGAUGAGCGCCACGCAGAGUGCGUGUGACGGAGCGAUUAGUUUUUAUAGGCCUGAGACGUAUUACUGGUACUUUAAAGAUUGGGAAGCCCUGAAGAAAAAUGCGUCAAAAAAGGGAAAAGACGAUGCUAAAAGUUCCCCCAUGUAUGCAUGUGGCUACAGGUUCUUUCACUCGAUCAUUCUCAUCAAGAACGAUAGGCAGCUGUGUUUGGGAAUUUACCUCGGUAUAAUCCCGGGAGCCAACGAUUCGAGACUUGAAUGGCCCUUCAGAAAGACUUACACGCUCGGUAUCGUCAAUACCAAGGACAAAAAGCCAGAGGCAGCGGCCAAUCUUUAUUUUGGGACUGGGGGCUUGUAUGCCGCUGACAAGAUUGAAAGUGAUGGCCUCGCAGCGAAAAUCGACCUGGAAGCCAUGUCCAACGCUUCACGCUUCUUCGAGGAACGGCUCGCUCUCGUAGUCGGAGGUGGCGGGGGCAUUGGCAGAUGUGUUUGUCUCGCCUUCGCCAAGGAAGGCUGCCGAGUCGUUGUGGCUGGUAGGAACUUGGAAAAAGCAACGGCUGUGGCCAAGUCUCUACCGGGUAAAGGACAUGAAGCACUUCAGGUAGAUGUGGGCCAAUCGAAGUCAGUGGCUUCGCUCUUCGAGGACAUCUCCAGGUUGUGUUCUCAGCCUGCAAGCAUCGUGGUCAACUGCGUCGGCAUUGGAAACCCUCCGACCCCUCUUGUUGACUUGCCGGAAGCGAUGUUCGAUAAUGUCAUCCGAGUAAAUCUGAAGGGCACAUUCCUGAUAACCCAAGCAGCGGCGCGGGCUAUGAUUGCAGGAAACGUUCGCGACGGGGCCAUCGUGAACGUUUCCAGCUUCGUGUCAAAGCUGUGCCUUCCCCGCCGUGGCGAAUACGCAGCGUCCAAAGCGGGGGUGGUGGCACUCACCAAAGUGGCGGCCAAGGAGCUGGCCUCGCAGGGAAUCCGUGUCAACAGCGUCCUGCCGGUACUCACGACCACGCCUAUGGCCGGAGGGAAUAGAAAGCCUGAAAAAGAAAAUAAGGCGGUGCAGGACAUUCCUCUAAAAAGAGCCAGCCGCCCGGAAGAGGUGGCUGACGUCAUCGUGUUCCUCUGUGGCUCCGGAAGCUCUUUCAUGACGGGCGCUGCUGUGGACAUCGCAGGCGGGCUGUAG